CUUCGCGCCUUGCGGACGUCGGUACGCGUUCUUAUACUUUCGAAAUUCGAACGUCGUGAAUGACAUUUCGUGUUUUUGAAUAAAAAAAAAUACGUUAUAUUUUUUUUCUCUGGUUUCUUUGAAACAAAAGUUGAUAGAUUAAAAUAAUACUGUUUUUUUAUUAAUUUGUUCUGGGAUUUUGUUAAAUAUGUGUGGACAUUAGUGAAAUUGGAUUUUAUGGCUAAUAUUAAUGAUUGAAACAAUGAAACGUUUACCAGAAACGCGACGUAAACUCACCACUCAAAAUUAAACUAACAUGUGACUGCAAGAUGGGGACUAAUAAUCAUGAUUUUGAUAAGUCAAAAAUUAUUGAUAAAGAACAAAAUAUAAGUAUUAACAAUGAUAUCAGAAUAACAGAUGAAAAUAACAAAUCUGAUAUAAAAUAUUAUAAAAACGAAGCUAUGGAUGUCACUGAUGAAGUUUUUAGUGAUUUUAGUGAGGCUUCUUAUGUGAAACAUAGGUCGCGAGUGACGAGUAGAAGUGCCAAUACAUUGUUCCUUUUGUUAAGGAUAACGAAACGGUUGAACGUGCUAGUGUGGCAAUGUAUGUCGUUUUUGGUGUUGCUUAGUUCAGUGAGUGCGUAUAGAGAACAGAGGUUUGCGAUUGAACCACAAGAUCAGAGUGCUGUAGUAGGAUCUAGGGUAACGUUACCCUGUCGCGUGGAGAACAAGGCUGGACAGCUGCAAUGGACGAAGGAUGACUUCGGAUUGGGAACACAUCGACAUCUCACUGGCUAUGAACGAUACAAGAUGAUUGGGAGUGAUGAGGAAGGUGACUACUCGUUGGACAUCAGAGAAGUUACGUUGGAUGACGAUGCGUUGUAUCAGUGCCAAGUCAGUUCUGGACCAAAAGGUGAACCACCGAUCCGCUCCAGGUACGCGCGUCUCCUAGUCCUCGUGCCACCAGAGCCUCCGAAGAUCCUCAAAGGUCCAGUUCUUCAAGCAGUGGAGGAUAGAGAAGUCAAUCUGGAGUGUAUCUCUGUUGGAGGCAAACCUGCAGCUGAGAUUACCUGGGUGGAUAACGAUGGUGGAGUGUUAACACAUGGAGUCAAUUACACAGUAGUGCCAAUGUCUGAUAACCGGAGAUUCACUGCUCGGUCUGUACUUCGACUGCGACCAAGAAGACACCACCACAAUCAGACUCUCACGUGUCAAGCUCAAAAUACCGCAGACCGAGCUUACAGAGCUGUUACUAUUAAGCUGCAGGUACAAUACGCGCCCAAAGUUCGAAUGUUCGUGAAGUCUGGAAUAUUGAAAGGAAACAUUCAAGAGGGAGAUACAGUUGUAAUUGGUUGCCAAGCCAGUGCAAAUCCCAACAAUCUCACGUACAAAUGGUACGUCAACAAUGAACAUAUCGCUGGUGACGUCAGUAAUGAAUUGAUACUAUCAAAUAUAUCAAGGAGAUUCAACGAAGCGACGAUCAAGUGCGAAGUUCACAACCAAGUUGGAAAAAGUGCUGACACGAAAACCCUGGAAGUGGCCUACGGACCAACUAUCAAAGUGAAACCUCAAAACGUGGAGGGUGAGACUGGAUCUGCAGCCACCAUGUCCUGCAUCGUUGAUGGUCAUCCACCUCCGAAGAUCCAAUGGCUGAGAUACGAGAACGAGAGAUUUAUUAGAGUGGGAAAAUCUCCAAACCUGACGAUCACAGUGACGCCACAUUCAGCUGGCCAGUACUGGUGUAAAGCAAGCAUAGAAAACCGCCAAGAUGUGCAAGCUCCUGUCAUGGUGUAUAUCAAAGGACCUCCGAAGAUAAUGUCAAAUCAAACACAAUAUGGAGUCGAAGGGGACAGUGUGAGAAUAGAAUGUGUCUCGUUCGCCGUCCCCAAGCCCGACUAUAUUGUGUGGACUUUUGAGGGCACCGAAAUCAACUCUUAUGAAAACCAGGAAUACGCAUUUUUGGAAGAAAGUCUAACGGAUAGGUUGACGAAAUCAACCCUUAUUAUACGAAGAAGUGAAUUGAAACAUUUUGGACCCUACAACUGUACUGUGGUCAAUAUUUAUGGCAUGGACAGCAUUGAGAUCAACUUGGUACCAGCCAAAACAUUCCCAAUGAUCUUCAUAAUAGCUGGAGGAUCAGCCUUCAUAGUCUUCGUGUUGAUAAUCAUGCUGAUCAUAAUGCUAUGCCACAAAAAGACAAAGAAGACUGAUGUCAAGAAACCAGAUAUAACAGAUCUGGGGAAGACUUGCGUCGACCAGUUCAAAGAUUGUGAUAGAAGUUCCAAUAUCAGCGAUCUGAAGUUGGAAUUGAGGCAGGUCGAAGGAAGCUGUGAUUUGGACAACUCAAACGGGGGUUCCGAAACCGAUCUCCAUCCAACUCUUCACCUCAAGUCCAACCUGGGUCUACCUCUUGCUGGUCCAGUGCCAGUUCCAGACUCAGGGUACGACAACGAGCUGAUGAAGCAAUACCAAAGAUACAGUGGGGACUUCAACCAGCCUAUCAACAAUUUGAAUUUCAAGCAUCACGGCCAAAGCAACGGCUAUGUGCCAUACGUGGACUACUCCCGAGACUACGCCCCACCAGUACCAUCAGAUUCCCUAUCAGGGUCUCUCUCAAGAAGCACUGAUGGGUCUACAUACCCUAGUCACUGUGGUUCCUUACACCGGCAGCAGAGCUGUGGCCGACUUGGAGGCAUCGUUGGACCUGAUGUGAUUCCAAUGUCUGGUCCAGGAGUUGUUCUGACAGGAGAAGACGUAAGAUAUGCUGCUACUUACGGGAAUCCAUAUCUGAGAGGUGGUGCUCCUGUGGCAUACGUUCAACAAAUGAGCACCAACCCGGUUGGGAAGCCCGCACCCCCUCCCUACUACACCGUCAGGAAUGCCAGUCAUCCACCAGGUAAUUUAUAUGUGCCAUCAGUAACUUCGCCUUCAUCAUCAUCGUCUUCGAGGCCCGUCACCAGUCCGAUGGCGUCAUCGUCAUCAACCAACAGUGGUGCACAGCCUCAAGUGCCUAAAUCAUCUUCGCAGUCUUCAGGAGCUUUGUAUAUACUUCCGCCGUCCAGUCAAGGAAACUUGCAGUCCAAUCAGAUCACUACCAAAGGUAAUGGGUCCCAGCUGACAUCGGGGACGCAUGUUUAAUUAAUGAUCAGUAGUUAGGUAAAAUACAUCAAAUGUUUUUAAAUGUUAAAAAGAUUUUAAAUUGAAACGAGGAAGGGACAUGGUAAUUUAGAGUUGUAUUUCCAAAUUGAUUUAGGGAUGAAGCCAAACGUGAAGCAAUUAAAUUUCGUCGUAAUAUAGUAAUAACGCAGAUGAUAUAAUGAGUUGUUCUGUUUUUUAUUACUAAAUGAAUAGAUUGAUUUUAGUAAGAUCUCAACUAGAAAUAAAAAAAAAAACUAUUCAUUCAAAAAUAAAAAAUCACGACAUAACGAAAGACGAAAAUCAAACUAGUUUCGAGACUUUUCUCCAUUAUUGUAUUGUUUACUUCAUCAUGAUAAAGAAUCCUUUUGUGAAGUGUGAUUUUUGUUCAUUUAGUAUGUCUCACGAUAGUUAUUAUAAAAAAAUUAUAGAUGUUAUUCUUCUAAAUUAAAAAUACAACUCUAAGUUACCAUGUAACUAAAAACUCUUUGUAAGGUUAAUUGUAAUCUUAAAGAUAAAAUAUUUUACCGUGUCGUAGACGCGAUGCAAGUCGUUCAUUUUUAAUUAUAAUUGCACUAAUGUUAAAAACAUAAUAUAUCAAAUUAAUUGCUGAAUCAAACAAUAAUAUAUUUAAGAUACUGGAAUUGCUAAAGAACAUAUUCCCACUUAAAAAUAUUCCCACGUUCAUAAUACAUGAAAAAAAGUAGAUAUUUGAAGUUUUGUUAUACAUUUAUUUGUAAUAUUUAGUUUCAACAUUUAAUAUAAAAGACAUAACUUGCACCGCUCCAACCCAGCAUUUAAAUUGUCAAUUAAAUUUGAACUUUAAGUCGUAUGUCCUAUGAUAUAUUAUUUCAUAACGUCAAUACCAAAAAUCGACGCAGAGUGACCAGCACACGGUUCCCUUGCAUACAUACAUACAUACAUAAUACAUAACCUCACUCAUGUCUCCCAUGCAAGCAGACAAUAGAAUAUCAAUUACAACGAAUCUUACAUACUUCUUGCGCUUCAUCAACAAAUUAAGCCUUCAAUUCUUCUAAUAAGUUAUUAUAUCUAGACAGAAUCAAAUAAUUGAGACAAAAAAAAACUAAUAAGACCACGUACUAAUUAAGAAGAAAAAAAUCGUUUUACUAAGCGUUAGUGCAAAGAUAAUUAAAAAAAAACUUUGAUGCAAAAAACUGUCUCGUUAUUAAGUAUACUUCUCACGACUUUAAUUACGUCAAAAUUUUGACAAACGAGCCUAAAAUUAAAAAGCUUUAAGUGUUUUAUGUCAAAGAAAAGAAAAAUAUUUUAAGUUAAGUAUCUCUAAGUUAUUUGUUCUAAGUUUGAGUUACGUUGUAAUUACUUAGAAAUUUAAAUUUACUAUUACAAUUUUUUUAAUAAAUAAAAAUGUUAGGAUAAAAUCUAGGGCGUGUUCUUGGAAAAUAGAGAUCUUUUUUAAGUAAAAACUGAUUAAAUGUAAGUUUAAUUUUAAAUUGUAUUAAAUGUUUAAUUUGUAAAAUAAGUCUUACCGCCGUACUUAGAGUCAUUUAAUUGUUACUUAACCCAGUCCUUAGCUUUCGGAAUAGUUUUCGAAACAAAAUCGUUACUAAGGAAUAGUUUAAGUAAUCAUUAAAUGUAUCUGAAUACGGCAAAUAAGGUUUUAGUUUUAAAUUUUUCCACCUCGAAGUAUCGAUUUUAAUUCAAUUUAUUUAUGGGCCUAAAACUGUGUUUUUCAGAUAAAAAUAUUGUGUUAAAUAAAAUUAAGUAUAUUAUAGCUUUAUGUAAAUAAAAUAUCAUCAGAAAAUUUUCUGACUGAGACUGAAAAAUUAAUUUUAGUGUAGAAUUUGAGUUAGUGGCUAUGUAAAUACUACCUAAUUAUAAUUACAUAUUUUAAUUAUUUAUACGACAUUAAUACGUUCGUGGGCAGUAACGAAUGACGUUAAGUGUGGGAGAGCUAUGCUUCGGCACGAAUGGGCCGGCUCGAGCGGAGUGAAACCACCUUUGCCUCACCGAAAACCGACGUGAAACAACGCUUGCGUUGUGUGAGUGAGGUUACCGGAGGCCCAAAAAUCCCCGAUUUCCCAACAACUCUUAAAUUCCUAACCCCAAAAGGCCAGCAACACACUUGUAACGCCUCUGGUGUUUCAAGUGUCUAUAGGCAGCGGCAAUUGUUUACCAUCAGGUGAUACGUCAGCUCGUUUACUGGCGUGCUCUAUAAAAAAAGUAGUAGUAACUCAGUAGAUGUAUCCUGUGAAAAAGUACUGUCCACUAAUGUGUUAACAUUUUUAAAUUUUGUUAAUCAUUUGCAUUCUUAUCAUUGUGUGUCAUUUGUAUGUUAAUUUUAUCACUUUAUUCAGUCAAAUUUUUAUGUUUUGUAAUAAAAAUAAAAAUAAUUGUCAUUUUAUUUUUUGCACGUUUUGUUUCUAUUAUUCUAUAGGUAGGUUCAAUCAUUAUUAAUAGUCCAAAGGCGUUUCCUAGAUUACUGAAAUUGACGUACUUAUAUAAUUUAGAAAUAUUUGUACUGUUAGUAUUAAUCAAAAUGUUUUUGGAGUCGAUAACUGAAUGAAAAAUGGGGCAAAUAAAAGUUUUGAAUAAA